CGCGUGUUGGCGGGCUUGGGGCGUGCGCUGCCAAGGAGGACCGGGCCGGCAGGCGGUUAGCGUCCCGUUCGACGCGGGGAGGGGCGGCACGCCGGGCGCUGCACAGCCUCGGCGGGGCGACGGUGGCGGCGACGGCGGCCGGGCUCUCCGGUUCUCUGCCCCAGUCCGGAGCCAGUAGGUGCCCCGGCGGAGAGACGGGCAGCCGGGCUCCCUGGCCCCGGGGCCUCCCCGGCUGGGGCGGCUGGGGCAAGGGGGCGAUGUCUGCUCGUGCCCCGGUGCCCGCCGCUCACUCUCGGGAGGAUCCGCCCACGGUGAAUGCUGAGAGGGAGUCGCCGUCGGGCGCGGCGAGCCGGCAGGCCGAGCAGCCGCCCGCGCCCGAACGAGAGGGCAAGGAGGCUGCGAGGGAAGAGAGGGCCGCGGCCGCCACCAGGGCUGGGGCGUGGGGAGAGCCAUCGCCGGCGCUGGUGCUGGGACACAGCGUGCCCCAGGCGGCUGUGCCCGUGAGGCCCCUGGCACUGCACCUGGCUCACAAGGCGCGUGGGCCUGGGGGCCCCUUCGGCGGGGAGCGGCCGCCGCCGCCGCCGCCGCCGCCGCGGGAUCUGCCAGCCGAGGACGCCCGGGAGGAGGAGGCUGCGGCUGCUCCUGAGGAAAAGCGGGAGCCGCUGCCGCCUAAGGAAAAUCCCUGGACCAAAAAAGCUCCCCAGCACCUGUCCCCCGCCGGGACGGGCCUGCCGCCGCCCAUUCUGGAAACCAUGGAGGCAGAGCUCAGUUCCCCCAAAAUCAUAAAAGCAGGAAAACUCAAGACAAAGAAAUCCAACAAGGCUAGUGAUUUCAGCGAUAUGGCGAAUUGGCCAACACCGAGUGAAUUAGUGAACUCUGGAUGUCAGAGUGUCAUCAGCCAAGGAAAUAAGAAACUACAAAAUAGAAAAGAAAAAGAAGAGAAGGUUGAAAAGAGAAGUACCAGUGAGAGCAAAGAAAACAGGGAAACAAAAUUAGAUGGUCCUGGUGAAAAUGUCAGUGAGGAUGAGGCUCAGUCGAGUAAUCAACGAAAGAGAGCUAAUAAGCACAAGUGGGUACCACUACACUUAGAUGAUGUAAGACCAGACAGUCAGGAAAGACCUGGAGCCCAGAACAGCUCAAGGUGUCAACCCGAAGCAAAUAAACCAGCACAUAACAAUAGGAGAAAUGAUACACGAAGUUGGAGAAGAGAUAGAGAAAAGAGAGAUGAUCAAGAUGAAGUUUCCAGUGUGAGAAGCGAGGGUGGUAAUAUCCAAGGUUCCUUUAGAGGCCGAGGAAGAGGCCGAGGACGGGGAAGAGGACGAGGCAGAGGAAAUCCUCGAUUGAACUUUGAUUAUUCAUAUGGUUAUCGAGAACAUGGUGAAAGGACUGAUCAACCAUUUCAAACAGAACUUAAUACCAGUAUGAUGUAUUACUAUGAUGAUGGUACAGGCGUACAGGUGUAUCCUGUGGAAGAAGCAUUGCUUAAAGAAUAUAUUAAGCGUCAAAUUGAAUAUUACUUCAGUGUAGAAAACUUGGAACGGGACUUCUUUCUUCGGAGAAAGAUGGAUGAACAAGGUUUCUUGCCUAUUUCCCUGGUUGCUGGUUUUCACCGUGUUCAGGCUCUCACUACAAACCUUAAUCUCAUCUUAGAGGCACUGAAAGAUAGCACAGAAGUAGAAAUUGUGGAUGAGAAAAUGAGAAAAAAGAUAGAACCAGAAAAAUGGCCAAUUCCAGGUCCUCCUCCACCUAAUGUGCCACAAACGGACUUCUCUCAACUGAUUGAUUGUCCAGAGUUUGUACCAGGCCAAGCCUUUUAUUCACAUACAGAGUCUGCCCCAAAUUCUCCAAGAAUUGGAAGCCCAUUGAGCCCAAAGAAAAAUAGUGAAACAAGUAAUCUUCAAGCAAUGUCUAGAGGUUUAUCUACUAGUUUGCCUGACUUGGACUCAGAACCUUGGAUUGAAGUAAAAAAGAGACAUUGUCCAGCCCCAGUGAAAUUAAAGGAAUCAGUGCCUGUACCUGAAGAGGCAUCAAAUCAACUAUGUCCUUCAGAAGAACCAGAACAAGAAGAGCUUGAUUUUUUAUUUGAUGAGGAGAUGGAACAAAUAGAAGGACGAAAAAACACAUUUACUGAUUGGUCUGAUAAUGAUUCAGAUUAUGAAAUUGAUGACCAAGAUUUAAACAAGAUUUUGAUUGUGACUCAGACACCACCUUAUAUGAGAAAACAUCCUGGAGGAGAUCGAACAGGCAACCACAUGUCUCUGGCAAAAAUUACAUCUGAACUUGCUAAAGUUAUCAAUGAUGGCUUAUAUUAUUAUGAACAGGAUCUAUGGAUGGAAGAAGAUGAAAACAAACACACAGCCAUAAAGCAAGAAGUUGAGAACUUUAAGAAGCUAAAUCUCAUUAGUAAAGAGCAAUUUGAAAACCUAACACCUGAACUUCCUUUUGAGCCAAACCAAGAAGUUCCUGUAGCACCUUCACAGUCCAGGCAAGAUUUGACUGAUGAAUUAGCUCAGAAGCUGUUUGGUGUUUCAGAAAUAACUUCAGCAACAAUGGCCCAUUCAUUGCCCACAGCAGUUCCAGAAUCUCCUAGGAUUCAUCCUGCAAGGACACCCAAAACACCUCGAACACCCUGGUUACAAGAUCCUAACAAAACACCAAGAUUUUAUCCUGUUGUUAAAGAACCAAAAGCCAUUGAUGUAAAGAGUCCAAGAAAGAGAAAAACAAGGCAUAGUACAAAUCCCCCUCUAGAGUGUCAUGUUGGUUGGGUAAUGGAUUCCAGAGAUCAUGGGCCAAGAACAUCCUCUGUCAGCAGUUCAAAUGCUUCACCUUCAGAAGGUGCACCACUAAUAGGAGGUUAUGGAUGUACUCCUCAUUCAUUCCCAAAGUUCCAGCAUCCUUCACAUGAACUUUUAAAGGAAAAUGGCUUUACCCAACAAGUGUACCACAAGUAUCGUCGAAGAUGCCUAAGUGAGAGAAAGCGCUUAGGAAUCGGUCAGUCCCAGGAAAUGAAUACCCUCUUUCGUUUCUGGUCCUUUUUCCUCAGAGAUCACUUCAAUAAAAAAAUGUAUGAGGAAUUUAGACAACUUGCUUGGGAAGAUGCAAAAGAAAAUUACAGGUAUGGGUUAGAAUGUCUGUUCAGGUUUUAUAGUUAUGGACUGGAAAAAAAAUUCAGACAAGAAAUUUUUAAGGAUUUCCAAGAAGAAACCAAAAAAGACUAUGAAUCUGGCCAGCUGUAUGGACUAGAAAAGUUUUGGGCUUAUUUGAAAUAUUCUCAAUCUAAAACACAGUCUAUUGACCCGAAACUUCAGGAAUACCUCUGUAGUUUUAAGAAGUUAGAAGACUUUCGUGUUGAUCCCCCUAUUAGUGAGGAAUUUGGAAGAAAAAGACAUUCAUCUACUUCUGGUGAGGAGAGCAACAGACUUCCAUCUAAUUCCUCUACAAAACCACCAAAUGCUGCUAAGCCUACAUCUGCCAGUCAGCUUCAGGUCCCAAUAAACUCUCCCAGAAGGAAUACUUCCCAGGAGUCCAGUGACAAUUCACACCAGAACAGUGCUGCCUCCAUCUCAACAAAUUGUGAAAUGCCUGUGAAAUGGACUCUUAACAAAAGUUGUCUGUCCUUGAAAUCAACAUUUAUGUCAGUAUUUAUUUGAGAAAAAUCUUCUGAUGUUUAAUUGUGAUAAUCAGAAAAAAAGAAAAAUGGAAGAAAAGUGGUAGCAUUUUUUCUAGCAAGAUAAAUUCCAAAAAAUUUUCCCUGAUUUCACAAACAAGGAUAGUUUUGGUGACCUUUUAUAGAGAUCCUCUAGUAAUGUAUUUUGGUCUCCAAUUUCUUUUUCAAAGCCAUUGUUUACAAGAACAGCAUUCCUUAAAUAUAUUAAAAAACAAUAUAAGGAAUGCCUAUCAUUAGCUCAUACUUCUUAAAGAAGAUAUAGUAUGUUGUAUUCAUCUCUUCUAUAGAGCUAUCUUAAAGAAUCCAAUUACCCCACUAUCAAUUCGUAUCUAAGCUUAUUAUAAACAAAGGAAGAUUACGUAUAUAUAUUUUAAGUUCAAAAAAAAAUAUGAAACGAUACAUUUACUUUUUCUUGUAGACAUAGUUUUAAAGGAAUUUUUUUUUUUACAAAAGAACUAUAGAACAAGAUUGUAAUUACAUUGAAGUAUACGCACUUUUGAAGUUAGGUUUUACUUUUUUUUCCCCCUCAAGUCAUACCUCACAAUUUCCACAGUUGUUAUGUUGGUGUGGAAUUUUCUGAAUUAGCGUAAGCUGGUUACAUAUUAAGGAGAGAUUUACUUUUGUGAUUUUAUAUAAACUUGCACAAGUAAUUAAAAACUACAUUGGGAUAGGUUGGAAUAUUGUCCUAAAUAAAUCUUGCACUGUUUUGAAUGCAUCUACUGUUUGUACAUCUGCAAGUAGGUAUGUCACAAGCAGUUAGAUUAUCUUCAAUUUAAAAGGGGUACUUACUUUUUCUUUUUUGUUCUUUUAAUUUUGUUUUAUGCUGAGUGUUUUCAAGAGUUACAGCAAAUUGAUUUCUAAUUUUUAUUGCUAUUCAACAUUGAUGUAAAUGAUAGUUUCAGUUUUUGUGGUAUUUAAAAAAAUAAAGCACUUAUUCUGAA